AAAAAUAAUUAUCUCUUACUUCAGUUAAUUCAGGGACUGGCCAGAGCUAGCUAGCUAUCGCGGAGAUCGAGAGCGAAUAACUUUGUUUUGAUUUGCGUUCUUCUUCCGGCUCUAAAUAUGGUGUGAAAGGGAAAGUGAGCUGAUCCGGAGCUGAUAUAGUGGCUUACCUUUGAGUUAGACCGAAUUUAGAGGAAAUCUUAUACAUGUAGAUGAUCUUGGCCUUGACAAUGGAUUUCACAGAGACUUACCCAGACACCUUUUCCAGUGUGACAUUGGCAAUCAGAGCAGGAAAUAAAUCUGGAUUACUGACCCUGAUUCGACAAGGGAAACCUUUGGAUGUACCGGACAACAGAGGCUGGAGACCUAUCCAUGAAGCUGCAGCAGCAGGCAAUGUGCAGUGUCUUCAGAUGCUUGUUAAUCACUUUGAUGAAGAAGAUGUAAAAGAUGAGCUCAACCAACGAACGUUUGAAGGAGAAACACCAUUGUUUCUGGCUGCUAAGGCGGGUCACCAUGAUGUGGUUUCUGUUCUUCUCCAGAAUGAAGCAGACCCAAACAUACCCAAUAAUGAGGAUGGCUCUUCUAUAUUACAAGCUGUGUGUGGGAACCAUAUCCGUUGUGUUGAGCACCUGACCAGAGCAGGAGCUGACCUGAAUGCCAAGUACUACAAUGGUUGGACCCCUCUACAUGAGGCUGCUAGCCAAGGCAAUGUAGCCAUCACAGAAUACUUGCUCAAUGCCAACGCCCAUAUAGGAGCAAGAGAUGAUCAUGGUAUACAGCCCGUCUUUGUUGCAGCUCAGUAUGGAAAAAUAGACUGUCUCAAUAUGCUUCUAGAUAGAGGAGGAAACAUCAACAGUCAGGCUCAGGACAAAGCCACUCCGUUAUAUAUUGCUACCCAGGAGAAUUAUGUUGAUAUUGUUAAAGUGCUCUUGGAGAGGGGAGCAAGCCCCAAGAUAUUGGUGGAAGAUGGCUAUCUACCUAUUCAUGUUGCUGCGUAUAAAGGACAUACUGAUUGUCUGGAGUUACUGUUAGUCCAUUAUGAUACGUACACAACGCUGGACUGUCCAGACACACCUCUUCAUCUAGCCAUAGAGGGUGGUCAAAGAGAAACGGUCAAGUUCCUGAUUGAACAUGGGUUUGAUGUGAACACAGGCUGGAAGCUCCCACCGGUCCAGUUAGAGAAGGUGCGCAACACUCGUCCCCAUUUCCUACCUCCACUUACCAUGGCUGUCAUGGAGAGACAAAAAGACCUGGUACAAGACAUGCUUGCCAUUGGGGCAUCGGCUAACUGCAGGGACUUUCCCCCUGUUACAGCCUACAAGUGCCCCUUCUAUGCCGCUUUCCCUAGUAUAAACAUAUUAGACGUUCUACUGAAGCACUGUAAGGGAGCAAGAUGUCCCCAUUCAAAGUGGACAAUGUUCAGGGUAUUCUCUCGAUCCAAGGACCUGGAAGCAAUCCAGUUCCUCCUUGACCGUGGCCAAGAGCUGGAGCCAGAGUGUGAUGACUGUUCAGAUGACACCAAGGGCUACUGUCCUCUCAAGGAUUACGCUGUAGGCCAGAAGGACUUCUUUGAGGCACUGGUCAGACUCUGGUGGGAGUAUAUUAGUUUUCAACCUCGCUGUAAAUAUGUAAUGGAUGCGCUUAAGCCCCAUGUUGAUUGCCCACGUUCACUGAUGCACCUGUCUCGCAUGGUUGUGAGGGAGAGGUUAGGACCUCAUAGACUGUUCACAGAGAGUGCCAUUAGAAACCUACCCAUACCAAACAUCAUACAAGACUAUCUUCUACAUAGGUGACAAGAGAAUAGUAUGUUGAAUAGUAACCUUCCAAACUUAAACUCAUCUGAGAUGGUGUUUCAUAAAGGUUUUUGUGAAGUUAUAUGACCUGACCUUAAGAACUAUGAAAUGCCAAAAGCGUUCUAAUAUUUUCCAGACAUUCUAAUAAAUUCAAUAGAAAAGACCAAUUCUGAGUUACCUAAUGGGCAAUUUUGGUCAAAUGACCUUUCAUUUUUUUCAUUAUGAUAGGCAGAUUUUUCAAAGCAAGAUAUUAUGUAAGCAUGCCUUACAUAGCAGGAUGCAGAAAUUGCACAGACCAUCAGGUGACUAGAAUAGCACUCCAAUGAACACUCCAUGAUGGUAUUUGUUGCAUUUCUACUUUGAAUGCAUUGGCAUGUUGUUAUGACAAUGUACUUGCAGACUGUGAAAUACCAGUCACUAGUGAACACAUUGUUGUUUUUUGUGGAUCUAAUGAACAGUGUUGUGGGUCUCGAGGCUGCAAAAUCGUCCUUGUCCUCAUCCUCGAGGACGGAGGUUAAUCCUCUGCCUCGGACACAAUCCUCAGGUCAAGGCCAGCCGAGUCCGACAGAAUUUUAGGGUGUGCAAAUGCCGAAUGUUGUCAGUUUCUCUAAAAUAUUAUUGAAACUAAUAGAGAGAGAGAGGGGGGGGGGGAGAGUCGAAUGUCGAGUACGCCCAUCCACCUGUAUGAGUACACACUUCUUUCUUACUUUCUUUUGUCUUUCUAUUUUGUUCUUGAUGUCAAAGCCAAUUUAUGCAGCCCAGAUGCACUGCAUGCAUGCUGCAUUGACAAUGACGUGAUGGAGAUUAGACUUUGCAAGGCAUGUGCGCAUGCUCAUACUGUUAAAAAAAUGUUUUGCGCGUGCACCGUUCUGUCAAUAUCUUGGUAUUCUCAUUUUGAAAUUUACGUUCAACAUUAUUCAAUAAUAUUUCAAAGUGAUAACCCUUCCAUUUUUCAUCAAACUAGAGUGAAAACUUUGACUUUCCCUUAGGCUUUCGGAUUGUUUUGAAAUCAAUUGUCUGUAGACUCCCAGACAAUUUGAUUUCAAAACAACUCGAAAACCUGAGGCAAAGUAAAAAAAAUCUAGUCGUCCUCAAAGGGUUGAUAAUAUGGUUAAUUGGGUAAGUGGUUAUGUAUGAGUGUGUGUAUGGACUAUAUGAGUGUACUGUAUAUGUAAAGUAUAUCGGUAUGUAUAUGAGCAUCAGUGUAUGUUUUUUAUGGAGGUGUGGAAAAAAAAAACCUAACCAAAACAAAGAGCAUCACUGGGCAAAGAAAUGACAGGUAUUUAGGGUCCCUAUGAAAUCUUGCCGUUGCCACCAAAUAAUAUCACAAUAUUUGGCCAUGGCUGUCCUUUUCCUGGUUCUCCAGCCUCGGCCGGCCUUGUAUUGGAAUAUUCGGCCUCAGUCUGGCCUCGAAGGAAGAGAUACAGUAUACCUCUCAUUCGACCAGAUGCAAUUUUUUUUUCUACUUUCAGCAAAGAUAAUUCACCUGCAUUUGACUCAUAUUGUGUUGUGCAAUUUUACAAAAGUUUUAUCAAUCUCUGCUGGAUUGUGUAUUAGAGGUUUUCUGGAAGGUAGUUAUGGGUAUAACCUCUCUUUGACCAUUUCAUAUUAUGUGUUUAAGCAGAAAAUAGUAACACCCUGUGAUAUAUUACAUAUGAAGUAAACUACCUUUAGUAAUGUUAAGUGCUGGUAAAAUUAAUUUUACCUGCUAAAUUAGGAAAGUCUAUUUAUAUUGGAUCUCUUCAUACCGAGACAGACUUUGUGAGUGUUGAUCAAUUUCAAACUUGAAUCAAAGUGGGGAUUUGAUAUUUGUAAAGCUUGAAACCAUCUUUUCAUUUGCCCUAAAACUGGAGCACAAAAGAAGAAAAAAAAUCAUGAUCCAAAUCUGCCUUUCAUUAAGGCUUCUGAAUUAAAUUGUUGCCAUUUAGUUAGUUUCAGGCUCUUUGAAGCUUUAGAUACUGACUGAUUGUACAUCUUGAUGUUUUUCUUUGAUAAUUCCAUUCAUCAAUUUGAAAUUAAAUAUUCCUACCUCACUGAUAAAAGGAUUUAUACCCAUUCAUCAUAAAGAAGGAUGAAUGAAUGGCCUGUCGGUAUCUAUCAUUGAUGAUAUUUUCAGCAUGUGUCACUUGUAUGUUACAUGUUUAUCAUCCCUGAGAUUGAUAGGCCAAAGUCCAAUCAACAUAAAUUUGAUUUAAAUUGAUUGAGAAAUGUAAAAUUAGCAUAUUCUUGGUUUUGAAAGUUAUGUAUCAGUACUACACUGAUGUCUCAUCAUUUUUAGCUCAUCCGGCCCAAAGGGCCAGAUGAGCUUGUGGCGUCUGUCGUCUGUCCACAAUUUCAAAAUGAUUCUUCUUUGACAUUUCAAGUCCGAUUUCAAUUCUGUUUGCUUUAUAUGAUGGCACUAGGUGGGGGAUUCAAAACUUCUACACAGAAUUUUGAAACUCAUUAAAUAUGCUAAUUUAUGUAUUAUAUAUUUAAAAACUCACAAAAUACUUAUUUGUUGACUGAUUUUGAUUUUUGUUUUGUUCCGAGAGCUACACGUGAAUGUGUAGAAUGUUCACUAAUGUACCUAAUUUUUUGAAAACAUUUAUAAUGUUCUUGGUUUCUGUCUCUUUAGUCUCUCUGACCACCCUCUAUUUCCCCGUCUCAGGUUUCUCUUUCUGUAAUACAUUUCUACUUCUAUCCCCCUGCUCUCUCACAUUUCUUUCUCUUAUCUAUCCUUUUGUAUUCAAGAAAUACAUAUAUCUUCAUGUAAAAUGCCAUUCAAUCAUUUGGCCAAAAUUAUACUUACUCUACUUGUUAUGUUUUUUUUUUGUACUUUGUAUUAUUAUUGUAAAUUGACCCUUUCAGCCCUGCUGCUGGUCAAUAUAUGUGCAUAUACCAAUAAAUAAAUAAUAAAUAACAAAAAUAAAUGAGGUUCACUAAGGUUCUACACACAAUUUAAAAAAUUUGACCAGAAAAUGAUUUAUGCUAAUUUAUACAAAAUUUAUUCAGAAAUCACAAUAACGCUUGUCAUUUCUUCAUCAAUUUCAAUUCUGUUUCCUCAAUUUAUGUCACCAAUAUAAUUCACUACAGUGUCAACUGGGCUGAAAUAAAAAAUUGUGUUAAAUUCCCUUGCGAGAUGCCGGAUGAGCUCCACAUCAUUGAUGUCCUAGUUUUUUUACAUUUUCAAAAGAAUAAUCCUUUUCUCAAUCAUCUAUAUGUAAACGUAUAUGUCAAGGAAUCUUGAUUUAAUGUGGUUAUGAUCUAAUCUGUAAGCUCAAAAAUUCAUUGUUAAAGGGUAAGUUCACCCUGACAAAAAGCUUAUUGUAAAAAUUGCACAAAAUACAUAUAAAAUGUUGCUGAAGGUUUGAGAAAAUCCAUCAUAGAAUAAAUUUUAAUUACAUAUGCAAGCAGCUCUCCUACAUAUCCAAUUGUAAGAGAUAAGUGAAAUGUCAUUUUCUCAGAAAAUUGAAAAUGGUUUUGAAAAUGGUUUUUACUGUACAUUCAGUAUAUCAAGAGGCAUAUCAUUUUACACCCAUUCCUAAAAAAAAUGAAUAAAAAAAUAAGUCAUCACGAUCCAUUACAAAUAUGAAAUUUUACAUAAUAUAUUGGGCAGCUGCUCAUUUAUGAAAUCACACAUCCAAAACUUCUAAUUCUAAUGACUUCCUUCAUCUUUAAUGAAUUUUCCUCAAACCUUCACUAAUAUUUUUUAAUUAUUUUUUCUGCUAUUUUUACAACAAACUUUUCUUCAGGAUGAACUUCGCCUUUAAGAAAGCCUCUAAAUCUAUAUGAAAGAGUAUGCGCUCAAAAUUUUCUGUCUAUUGGCCAUAUGUAUAUCACUUCAAGAAUGUGCAGAUGAGUGAAGUUUCCUGGACAGCUGAGAACUUUAUAGAAAGGUGUUGUUUUCUAUAUUAUAAACUAUAAAAACGAAGUGAAAUAAAUCUAUCAAUUUCUAUCCCUAAUUAGUAAUAUAUUAUGGUUGUUUAAAUUUUCUGGGUAUGUAUGAAAUGUGUUUGCAGGGAAUAUUUAAAUGCAUUCAUUUGUCAUCACUCAUCAAUAUGUUUGCUUGAAAUAGUUUUUAAAUAUCUGUGAUCAUGAAUGUAUUCACUUACCUUUAUUGUAACAUGGAUUGAAUAUUGUUUGUAAAUUUUGCUUUAAAUUGCUUGGUAUUUUGUUUAGUACUACACAAAUGCCACAUAAAAUUGCAUAUUAUGAAGCAAAAAUAUGAUGUGUAACUCAGGCAUUUAUAUUACCAGUAGUUCUACAACAUUAUGCAGUACAAUUUGAUCUAGAUUUACAAUUUUCUACUUAAUAGACGUUUAUUGGGUUUCUAAUAGAGACAUAUUUUAUUCAACGGUUGUUAUAGAUUGUAUUUUUUUUUAUUUGCAUGAUUAGUUUGGCAGGCAAAGAAAUAAGAUUCAAUGUUUUCAAGUCAUAUUCAUCAAAUAAUUUUAUUUACUUUACAUUUUGAUUCUGUCAAAGAGACCUAAUAUUAUUAUUAGAAUUAUGUGCUACAUUAUUUUGUGAAAACGGUGAACUAUUUUGGAAAGAGAUGAAGCACUAAGGUUGUGACAUUAUCGUGAUUAACCCCUGAACACCAUAUUAUACAAGUCUAUAGAGCUUGGUUUUCGCUUGCACAUUCAGAAUUUAAGAAACCAUAAUUAUUACUAUAUUAACAUCAUAUUUGUGUGCAGAUUUUCUUUUAAGUUCUAUCCUUAUAUCGCACUCAUGUCUGCCAUGAAUGACUUUACAGGGGACAACUUCCUGAAUGUUGUUAGAACUGAAGUGUUGUCAUUUUUCAACUGUAACCAUAGAAAAAAAAUACCUAUACUUCUCAGCCAAUCAAAACUGGGAAAACUUGUCACAUGACAGAUGUAGAUGACAUUCUCCCCUGGUGCUCUACCAACAACCUAAGCUGCAGCCAUAGCUGUCGUUAUAACACUCAAGCACUUCAAGAGAGAUAGAUAUCAUGGCAAAGGACAUUAAUGGUUGGACUUAAAGAAGUUAUUGAAUUUUAAAGAUUUGCAUUAUUCCGGUAAAACAGUUCUAGGCAUGUCUUUGUUAAUAUUCAUUAGGUGGGUUGAUGAUGUCAUAUCCCCACUUGUUCUUUGUAUUUUAUUAUAUGAAAUUAGGUUUAUUCGAAAUUUUUCUACCAAGAACUAAAACAAUUUGAUUGACAACUGAUUAAGUGCAUUAGUGAUUUAUUGCCGCAACUUAUUUCAUCAUAAUGGAGACACAUCAUUUACACAUGUAUGAAAAAAUGAAACAAUUAGGAUUUCAUGUAAUAACAUAAGAAAAAGGAAAGUGGGGAUUUGACAUCAUCAGCCCACCAAAUGAAUAUUCAUGACGAUGUGCAUAUAACUGUUUUCACAAAAUAUUGAUAAAUUUUAAAUUUCAAUAACUUCGUUGUUUAUUAUCCAAUUUUGAUUAAAUUUUCAGCAGUUUGCUUUGUUAAAAAUUAUUUAUUUAGAUAUAAGUAUUUUCAACCCGGACCAUCCCUUUAAUGAUAACAAUAUUUAGAGGCAAACUUUAAAGACUUGUCCACUUGGCUAAGACAUCUGUACAAGGAAGGGGAUGGAUAGGGAGAAGUUUUGUUUUUUCAUCUUGCCUGUGUAUACAUGUUCUUGUUUUCUCUUUCCUUAGUUGAAAAGGAAAUACCAAUGGGGCGUUGCAUAAAAUUUCAGGUGGCUUAACUCUUUUCUGAUGUUUAAACAAAGUAUGAAAGGUUGAAAACCUCAGUCUAAUUGUUAAUAUUUAUAUGAUUUCCACUAUUAAGUAGUGAUAUGAAUGUUAAGCAACAUCAGCAUAUUUUGAAGGGAGCUAUUACUAAAAUUCUUAAGAAACCCACUUUAUUUUGAUGAUUAGCCUUUCUUUCAAAGAAUAAAUGUAUAGGUAUCAUAAAUUAGCAAUGAUUCUUCCAUUUAGGAGGUUGUUCAAGAGGAUUUUCUACUGUUUCUUUUUUUUUCUGUCAAAACUAUGUUAUUAUAAUUUUGUAAAAUCCUAGAUGAGAGAUCAUCUACGGACAUUAACAUUCAUGAGUUUAUUUAUUUGAAAGUUAUGUUUUGGUGUGUGGCUACGAUAUAGAUAUACUGUUUUAUGUUCUCUUUUGUGCAAUUUAAUUUUGAUUUUUAAUACCAGAUAUAAAAUUAUUGCAAAGAGUAAUAGUAUGAUUUGUGUAUAAAUACAAACCCCUGUUUAUUGUUACAUAAAGAAAAUAAAAAGAUAAUGAUGGCAUAA